AUGGCGCCCAAGGUCAACUUCGCGCUGGCGCAGAAGCGCUCGGCGGACAGGCGCCUCCUCCACUACGAUGUCGACACCCGGAACGUCAUCGUCGCGGGCACGGGUCGGCCGUUUCCCCUGGACGUCUCCCACGCCGCCAUCGGGAAGCACUCCGAGGGCCUGGCGCUCUACUUCGAGACGAUCAAGUUUUUCCUCUACCUCAUGCUCGCGCUGCUCGUCUGCUGCGGGAUCCAGCCCCUCGCGCACUCCUCCGCCAACAACAACCUGAGCACGGACUACACCGUCAACGUGCAGUCCAACACGCAGGCCAGGGCGCAGGUGUGCGCGCGGGAGACGCAGCCGUCCGCCAUCCUCGGCACCUCCAUCGGCGCCACCUGCAACGAUCCGUUGACCGCGUCGUACUACUCGUGCCCGACGCUGUGCGACGUUUACAUGGACACCUCGCAGGACCUCGCGACGCUCGGGGACCUCUGCGCGGCGCACCUGCCGUGCACCAACAGCGCGCUGACGUCGGCCGAGAAGGCGACGUGCUGCGUGGAGCGCCUGAUGCCCGAGCUCGCCAAGGAGAACAUGCCGGGGGCUAACCUGGCGUGCGGGCUCUUCGUCUCCGUCGUCGUUCUCCUGCUGUGGACCGCGUUCUACCACAAGGAACAGCUCAAGAACGCGCAGCGGAUCAACCGCAACGCCGUGACCGUCGGCGACUACGCCGUGCUCGUGCAGGGCCUCGGCGUGAACCAGCUCACGCGGCGGCAGGUCGCGGAGUUCAUGUCCCACUACGGCGAAGUCGCGUCGGUCUCGUUUACGAAAAACGUGGGCAACCUGCUCAAGGCGGAGCAGGACCUGAGCGAGGCGCGCGUGAAACUCGCGGAGCUCAAGGCGUGGAACGAGCACGGAAAGGGCGGCGGCGACGGCGGCGGGCGCCCCGGCGCGUCUUUCCGCGCGAUGUUUCUUCAAUCGACGGAUUACUCCGACGCCGCCGUCGCCAAGGCGGAGGCGACUUUCGUCCGACUGUUAAAGAGCGUCGACCAGCUCGCGAGGCUCCCGGUGGUCAACAACGGCGAGGCGUUCGUCACCAUGAACUACGAGGCGCACGCGAACAACGCGUUCAUCGAUCACCGCCGCGGCUGGGGCGAGCUGGCGCUGGAUUACCUCUUUGGGUGCUUCGGCUUUGUGUGGGGGGCGCCGAGGCUCAACGGACGCAGGCUGACGAUGUCGGUGCCGCCCGAGCCCGACGACGUCAACUGGGAGAACGUCAACAUCCGAGGUCAGGCGUGGUACGAGCGAAGCGUCAAGGCGUGGCUCGCGCUCGGCGCCGGCCUCGGCAUCGGCGCCGGCAUCCAGAUUGUGUUUGAGCAGCUCAGGGAGGAUGCCCGAGCAGACGUGAUGGACGACGAGAUAAGAGCCGCCGCCCUCGGGGAGAAUCCAUCGGGCGACGACGGUUCGAUCGGCGCGCUGACCGCGUUCUCCGGUUUCAUGAUCGUCGCCAUCAACGUCUCGCUGCAGUACCUCGCCAAGGUGCUCACGAAGUUCCAGCGCUUCCACACGCGGACGCACUUUGAGGCUUCGCUCAUGGUGAAAAUUUUCAUCGUCACGGUGGUGAACACGGCCAUCGUGCCCAUCACCGCGUCGCGAUGCGAUCGAACCAAAUCGACGCAGGGCGAGUGCCUGUGGUACGCGCCCGGCGGUUUGAUCGAGUCGGCGUUUUACCUGCAACUGUUCAACGCGUUCUUGCCCGACCUGAUUGCGUAUCUGGACUUUACCGGCAAAUCCAGACAAUCGAUGGCGAAACACGCGAAGACGCAGGACAUGGCCGAGCGGGCGCUGGAACCCGACGAGUUUAUCCUCGCGGAGAAGUACGCGGCGACGCUGAAGACCGUGGCGCUCGCGGUCAUUUACGGCCCGGUUCUGCCGAUUUCUUACCUCAUCGCUUUCUUCGGCCUCUGCGUCACCUACUGCUCGGACAAGUACAUCGCCCUGAGGAGAGCUCGUAAACCGGUUCGCAUGAAGACCAUGCACUCGCUGUACGUGGUGAUGAGCAUGCGGGUGCUGGCGCUGACACAGCUGUUCAUCGCGUUCGACCUGUGGUUCGGUGAGGAGAAAAAAGCGGCCGACUGGUUCAUCGGCGCGCUCAUCAUCUGGAUCUUGUGGAUUCUGUUCCUCCCACUCAUCAAAGCCUGCAUCGGCAUCGAGCGCGACGAGGCGUUCGAAGACGGCGGCACCGGCGGCGUCUCCUAUCACACCAACAUGGGCAAGGGCGCCGGCGCCAACGCCGCGCCGCCGCUGCCGCCCAGGCCCGAGGAGGACGGCGAGUCGGAGCUGAGCAAGCAGGAGAAGCUCAUAAAGUGCGACCUCCUCGGGAUCAAACUCGAGGACUUCGACAAGGGCCGGCUCGACAUGUACCACCCCCCGUUGCCCGCCAACGCGUCCGAGGGCACGAUCAAGAACCUCGUCGCGGAGUACCGACUCUUCGACGAGCCGACAAAGGGUGACCCGACGCUGAUGCCGGGUCAGAAACCUCGCACCGGCGGAUUCAACGUCAACCCCCCGGGCACGAUGCCGAGGCCCCAGGGCAACAUGUUCGCGUGGAUGGGCUUCGGAGGAGGCGGGAGCGGAUGGUUCACGCCGGCGCAGCAAGGCCAGCCGACGCAUCAGGUGCAACCCCAACCCGGCACCGCGCCCGCGACUGGGUACGGGCCUCCGCCGCCCGGGCAGAUGGUGCGGAUGAUGCCUCCGCCGGGGGCCCCGCCGGGCGCCAGGGUCGUUUACGUGCAACCGCCGCCGGGCGCGCCCGCUCCGUUCCCGGGGCAGUAUCCCGCGCCGCCCGGUGCGCCGCCGCCGGCGGGAUACCCGGCUCCGCCGCCCGGGCCCGCGCAGGCGGGGAUGUUCCCGGCUCCGGGGCAGAUGAUGAUGCAGGCGGCGCAGCGGAGGAUGCCGGCGAUGUUCGGCACGGGUCAGCCGACGAUCCAGCAGCACCCUCCGCGGUGAUGGACUCGUUCGCGUGUCGUAGACGUCGAUGUCGUUCUCAGUUUUGAUCAUUAUUUUAGAGGUAUUUAUUACAUAAAGAGACGAUGCGCCGACAUCGGCAGCCACUU